CUUGUCUUUCUGGGCGUAGUACUAGUCGAUAUACAUCCACGGCUCUCCGGUUUCCCGCUUUCUCGGAUGUUCGGAAAUCAUGCUGACUUCGCUGCAUCCGCAGAGUCUGAUUAUCACCAUAAUUUUGCCCUCGCUGGACGCUUGACCUGCACAGCACAGUGGCGAUGGAUCCACGACAGGCCAGGGAAUCCUGUGAUAAUUGCAGAACGAAAAAGCUCCGAUGCAGCGGGGAGCAUCCAAUUUGUUCGCGAUGUUCUUCGCGCAACCAUGAAUGUACAUACUCGCGUCGACUUCAAAUGGGUAGGCCGAGAACUCGACGCGUAUCCAGACAGCAGAUCUCACAGCCUAAACCCACUGCACCUGCUACUCCCUCUCCCUCGGCCCAUUCCAGCUUGACCGGGCCCACCACCAGCCAUGGCCAGGGAAUCUCUCUACUUUCUCCGGUUGGUGGCGAGUCUACAUUGCAAGGGCCUAUCCCUCGCCCCAUUGAUAUAGCUUCCGAGAUCACUUCCGAAGCACCGUAUCUAGACGACUUCUAUCAUCUUAACACGCAACCGCAAAAUCAAUUUCAACCACCCGCUUUUCUCCCCAACCCUUCAAGCCCAGGCCAGACCGACAAAUGCGCCUGUCCAUCCGUGCUUUACUUAUUGUUGGAGCAGCUGAGAAACAAAACCACAUGGGUGGUCCCGGAUGACUUGCUUAUUCUUCGAAAUUGCAGGGACAAGGCCUUAGGCGUCGCCACGUGUGAUCAGUGUCCUCUGCGAUAUUUUUCCGUGAUCCAGAACGGGUUAAUACUGGGUGUCGUUACCACCUGCAUCGCAGAAUGUUACGCCAGACUACUCGAGCAAAUCGACCAAGAGGAGCUGCAAGCCACGAGCAAAAGACAGAGAAAACAUCUUGAUAUCUCCAACAAUCAUCUAGUUGGGCAAUCGUCUUCUGGUUCACCCUCUGCACAACCGACCUUCACUAUUGAGAUCACGCCUUCAGAAUGGCGAGACUCGAUGCGCAAAAUCAUAAAGUCGGAGAUACAUGGGGUAGAAGCACAGAGGGGAAAUUGCUUUAUGACUUUCGUGCUUCAACUAGAAGAGCGGCAGAGGAACUGGCAUCAGUCACCACCGGCGCGCGAUUGUCCAUCAUACUACCGCUCUAGCUGUAAUCACCCUGACCGAGUUCCAUCAUGUCUGGCAGUUCUUGAUGAUACCAAGAGGCUUAUCAAUAGUUUCCAUCUAUGA